GCUUUGUAGGUUCAUAAUCGUUCAUCAGCAGAAAGCGAAAAGUGAAAAGAUAUACAAUGGAUCUUUUCGAAUGAUGUGUGAUAUUAACAAAAUCCCUUCCCGAGUUCUCUGGAUAACAGGCAAGACUCCUUUCGAUACCACCAUCCCCGCAGCCGUAAAAUGAAUGUAUUCAGUGAAGCUUCCUAAACCUGCGCAUAACUAACCGAAAGGACCACCUUAGCUAGGAACCAAUUCAAAAGACUGGCGGUAGGGUAUAUUUUCCUGCGAUAAUUGAAAACGAGACUUCCGCAAAUGGAUGCAGCCAAACAGCGAAUGGGAGAAGUUGUUGGUGCCAUGCAGAACGAUAUAGGAGUGUAAAUAUACGCUAAUCAUUCAAGUGUUAUUCAUAAUCAACAAUUACUGGACAAAAUCAUCACCUAAUUACACCCUACAAGAACUGCUCGCAGAAUCUAAAAAUCCCGUUUCACUGCUAUUUUCUAAAAACCAAAGAAUAACCUAAGCAUGGCAACCGAAAGCGGAUUGCGCGUGGUCCGCCAAUACUCCGACGAGGGACGCAAUUUGGCAAUGCGAGCCUUGAAUGAAGCAAACAGUGAAGCAGGGACCGCAUUGCGUAGUGCGUGGACAAAUUUCAUACAGCUCGUUCAACGACUUAAGACCACCGCUCGAGAAGUACUUGAUCCAACCGUGCUCUACGAAGAAUUGCGGAUAUUUUUCCGUGAUGAAAUUGCUCGGAACAAUGCGUUUGCGAUACUCAUCGGACUGGGGUUUGGAACGACCGGUGGUUUUAUGCUGGGCAUGUGGCUUGCACGGCCACAUUUACCCACGCCGAUUAUGAAGUCGAUUGCGUCCACCUCGUUCCGCGAUCCGGACAAUGUAGUCGUCUGUCAAACCGCGGUACCCCAGUUUCAGUCGUCGUCUGAUAUACUGGUACGCGUUCGGGCCGCUUCGCUAAACCGUAUCGACCGCCGAAUUGCCUUCGGCUACGGACGGACAUUGCGACGCAUGAUACGGUCGUACAACAGUACGUACGAUCCUGAACUUCCACUCGUGCUAGGGAGAUCUUGCGCCGGCAUUGUGGAAGCGGUCGGAAACGGUUCGAAAAGUGGACUCGAAAUAGGCGACGAAGUGUGGCUGGCGACGCAAUGGUACGAGCCCGGUGUAGCAUCGGAGUUUGUCGUCGUACCGGAGACACGCGUAUCGCGGAAACCGUUUCUUAUCGGGUUCGAAGGUGCGGCGAGUUUACCGUACAGUGGUUCGAUUGCGCUCAAUCUGCUGGACACCCACCGGUUGAACGAGCACACGAGCAAGGGUAAACGAAUCUUGGUGCAGGAUGCUUGCUCACCUGUCGGAUGCGUCAUCACACAGCUGGCCCACAAAUGGGGUGCAAACGUUGCUGCCACUUGCCAUACGCGAUCGGUACCUGUGAUCAAUAACCUUGGUGCUGCGGACAUUAUUACCUUCGCCAACGAACACUUUCGAUCAAACUUCAUCGAUGUCAACGUCGACAAGUCGAACUUCAUCAACGAGCUCACAUCGCGAGAAAAGUUCAACUUCAUUUUUCUCACAACCCGGCUCGGGUACGACUACAAGUUUCUAGAAAAGUUCCUCACCAAAGACGGCGUGAUCGUUGACGCAGUGGAGCCCGAACUGUCGACCGACGAGUACGGAGUAGUCGGUCGCUUUUUCCUCGGCACGUACGUUCGGUGUCGCAAGGCGGUGGCGUUUCUGUUCCGCACCAACGUGGACUGGGGUGGUCCGCACCUUUGUCAUCUUGUGUUGGAGCGGUUGGCCGGUUUCGUCAACGACGAAUCACUUAAAACGCUAGUCGACCGGGUUUACACGCCGAACGAAGUGGAACGGGCUCUGGAGCAUAUCUGUAGCGAAAAAAGUAUCGGCAGCACCAUCAUCACUUUCCGAUAGUGUAUCAGACGACAAAUGGAAUCGAAGGUAUAUCUGAGAAUAGUUUGCAAAGGAAUUUUGCCCAGAUAUCGCUGCAACUGUGCAGUUCUCCUGUCCACACGCAACGUUUUGAACUGCGCAAGUAUAACGUUGUGCAAAACGGAGCAUGUGGACCGGACUUUAAACUUGCAGUGUUGCUUUGGUUGCUCAUUCAGAUCAGUUUAUCAUUAGCGAACAAUUUUGUUAUUUGUUUUACCUUGUGCAAUGUGUUAGUCGAUUUCAUUACAUCAUGCGCAUUGCAUAGCUUUAUACGAACAUUUGGCCUACUGCUGAAAAAUCUUUGAUAAUAAUAUUAAAUUUUGUUUUAUAACUUGAAAAGAAAAGUGGAUGGAUAAAAAAUAAAUGAUCGAUCUUAGAAUG